ACCUUCACAUCACGCCAAGAUGAAAUCGGCCCUCGUCUUCAUCACCGUCCUUUGUCUGUGGAUCGGAGCGGAUGCCAGCCGUUGCCGCAAUCCUGCCGGAAACUGCGAUUGUCCCUCUGGAUGGGCAAAGUUUGGCUGCAACUGUUUCAAAUACAUAUCCACAUCGUCCGACUGGACUACUGCUGAGAAAACAUGCAACAACCACGGCGGCAACCUGGCCUCUAUCCAGAGUGCCGAUGAGUACAACUUCGUCAGAGGCCUGAUCCGUGCAGCAACAGGCUCAAACACUCGCGUUUGGGUCGGAGCCCAUGAUGAAACUAAAGAAGGACACUGGCUGUGGAGUGACGGCACCAAGUUUCAGUUCAAUCUUUGGGGAGCAGGGCAGCCCAGCAAUGGUGGUGGAACUGAGAACUGCAUGGAGCUGAACUGGAACAAUGCUCCAAAUGACCACCAGUGCUAUGUUCGCAAACCAUUCAUCUGCUCUCAACCACUGUAAUCCUCCUCUUCCUGGUGGAAUGCCUCUGUCCAGCAGAAGGUGGUCUUGUGAUAGCAGAUGGAUCAUCAUCAUCUCUGUUAUCUUUCAACUCAAUAAAUA